CUCGUUCAUCACGAAUGAUCAUGGAUUAAUUAAAUCAAAAUAUAUCUUAAAAGUUUAUUUUUUUUUUUAUUUUUUUUUUUUUUCAAUUAUUAUAUACAAAUUAAAUAUUUACAUCAACACAUAAUUAGUAUAAAAUAAUAAAUAAUAAAAAUGCCGGCUUGUUCAAGUGAAAGAAGAUUUUAUCCAUCAAGUACAUCACCACCAAGUAACAGUGCUUCACCACCACUAUCAUAUUCACCAUUAUCAAGUUCACCACCACAAUAUUCAACAUUUUCAUCAAUAAAAAAUUCCAUUGAUGAUUUAACAAAUUCAAAAUAUCCAAAAUUAUCUGAACCAUCAAUAAUAUAUAAAAAAAAUAUUAAACCAAUAAUAAUUAAUAAUAAUAAUGCCAUAAAACAAUCAAAAAAUUAUGAUAAUAAUAUUAAAAAUAAAGAAAUAAUAAUAAAUAAUAAUAAAAAAUUAAAAAAUAAAUUUUUACCAACAAGAAUAAUUAUUUGGUAUUUAAAUUUUUUAUUAUUUAUAAUAACAAGUAUAUGGAAUACAAUAAUAUUUAUAAUACGUGCACCAAUAAUUUGGACAUCAACAUGGGUAUGUAUUAUGAUGGUAAUAAUACAAUUACCAUUGAGUUUAUUAAAAUAUUUAUUGGCAUUAAUUUAUACACCAAGAUCAGAAUUAAAUCGUAAUAAACGUUGUGUAUUAAUAAGUGGUGGUAGUACAGUACAAUCAAUUCAUCUUGCAAGAAAUUUUUAUAAAGCUGGUGCAAGAGUUAUUGUUUGUGAAAUUGAAGGUUUAUUUUCAUUAGCACGUUAUUCAAUAGCAUGCUCAAAAUUUUAUACAAUACCACGUCCAUGUCAAGGUAAUGCUGCUGAAUAUGUUAAAGCAUUAAAAACAAUUGUUGAAAAUGAAAAUGCUAUAUAUUAUAUACCAGUUAGUUCAUCAAAUGCUGCAUAUUAUGAUGCACUUGCUAAACCACAUUUAGAAAUAAUUGGUUGUGAAUGUUUUGUACCAAGUAUUGGUGAUGUUAGUUGUCUUGAUGAUCCAUUAGAAUUACUACAAAGAUGUAGAUUAUUAGGAUUAAAAACACCAUUAAAUACUGUAUUAUGGUCAAGUGAAGAUAUUACAAAUCUUUAUGAUAAUGGUACAUUAAGAACUGGAAGACAUGUUAUGCUUGCUGCUGGUCAAAUUGGUAUACGUGAACGUUCUAAAAUUAAAUUACCAAUAAAUUUACAAGAAUUAAAUACUUUACGUCAUGAAAUAAGUGAAAAAAAACCAUGGAUUGUUAUUAAAUAUCCAACUGGUACACAUUAUAUUACCUGUACAACUGUUAAACAAUCAAAAGUCAUUGCAAAUGUAACAUGUCGUGUUGAUGAAAAUAUUGGUCUUGUACCAGUUAUUAAUAAUAAUAUAACAAAAUGGCUUGAUAUAUUUUUUAAUAAUAAAUUUAAUGAUAAAAAAAUUAAUGGACAUCUUAGUUUUAGAUUUAUUGAAAAUAUUAAUAAUGAAAUUAUUAUAAUUGGUUGUCGUAUUGGUAUUGGUUUACCAUAUGUUUGUUUAACAAGUGUACAUCCAAGACUUAUUUGGCGUCCAUGUCGUCAUUUUUCAAGAACAAAUUCUGGACCACUUGUUAUUGUUGAUGAUAUUAAAAAUAAUAAUGGUUUUCCAAGUGCUAUUGAACAAGUUACAAAACAUUAUUCAAAUAAAAAAAAUUGUGUUAUUGAUAAGAGAGAAGAGCUAUUUGUUUAUUGGGAUCCAUUACCAUAUUGUGCUUAUUAUCAUAUUCAAUUACCAUUUAAUAGACUUGCUGGUGCAAUAAGAGCACAGCCAAAUCAACAUACACCACCACUUGCUGUUGUACAGUAGAUAUUAUUAUCAUCAUCAUUAUCUAUAUGUUAUAACAAACAAAAAAAUAUUUAUAUUGUCUCUUAUCUUGAAUUUUUUUUUUUUUUAACUAUCAAGAAUAAAUGAUGACAGAUUAUAUUUUAUUUUAUUUAUUUUUUGCGUAUUUUUAUAAACGAAAAUAAAAGCAAUAAAACAAAAAUUCAUCAAAACAAGACAAUCAAGAGUGUGUGUGGAAAGAUAUUAAUUUUUUUUUUUUUUUAAUUUUAUUUUUUUCAUUACAACAACAGUUUGAGUGAUGAUUAGCCGAGACAUUAUCAAAAUUAUUUUAUUUAAUUUUGUUAAGUGAUAAUAUUUAAUAAAGUGUUAUUCAUAUGUAUUUGAAAUAUAAUGAUUAUAAAAUUUUUUUACAAAGAGA